GCCGGGAAAGGCAUACGUGGGAGAAGUCAGGUCCGGUGCUGCCGGGAUGGCCUCUCCGCGAGACAAAACCCUCAGCUCGUGUCAAGUUUCCCCGGGCAGCAGUCAGGCCUCAGCGGGGAGUGGAAGCUGACUCUCUGUCUGUGCCCCAGUGUUCCCGCUCUCCUGUGUGGUGCAGCAGUAUGCCUGGGGGAAGAUGGGCUCAGACAGCGAAGUGGCUCGGCUACUGGCCAGCAGUGACCCACUGGCCCGGAUCUCAGAGGACAAGCCGUAUGCGGAGCUGUGGAUGGGGGCCCACCCCCGGGGAGAUGCCAAGAUUCUUGACAGUCGCAUCUCUCAGAGGACCUUAGGCCAGUGGAUCGCUGAGAACCAGGACUGCUUGGGCUCAAAGGUCAAGGACACCUUUGAUGGCAAGCUGCCCUUCCUCUUCAAAGUGCUCUCGGUUGAAACAGCCCUCUCCAUCCAGGCACACCCUAACAAGGAAUUGGCAGAGAAGCUCCACCUCCAGGCUCCACAGCACUACCCUGAUGCCAACCAUAAGCCAGAGAUGGCCAUUGCCCUCACCUCCUUUCAGGGCUUAUGUGGCUUCCGGCCAGUUGAGGAAAUUGUGACCUUUCUGACAAAAGUGCCUGAGUUCCAGUUCCUAGUUGGAGAUAACGCAACAACCCAGCUAAAGCAGAGCCUGAGCCGCGACUCCCAGGCCAUGGCCUCUGCUCUGCAGAGCGGCUUCUCCCACCUGAUGGAGAGCAAGAAGCAGCUGGUGGUGGAGCAGCUCAACCUGCUGGUGAAGCGGAUCUCCCAGCAAGUGGCUGCAGGAAACAAUGUGGAAGACAUCUGUGGGGAGCUCUUACUGCAGCUGCACCAGCAGUAUCCAGGUGAUAUUGGAUGCUUUGCCAUCUACUUCCUGAACCUGCUUACCCUGAAGCCAGGGGAAGCCAUGUUUCUUGAGGCCAAUGUGCCCCAUGCCUACCUGAAAGGAGACUGUGUGGAGUGCAUGGCGUGUUCAGACAACACAGUACGUGCUGGCCUGACAUCAAAGUUCAUCGAUGUGCCAACUCUGUGUGAAAUGCUCAGCUAUACCCCCAGCCCCAGCAAGGACAGGCUCUUUCCUCCAAAACGGAGUCAGGAAGACCCCUACCUUUCUCUCUAUGCACCCCCUGUACCAGACUUUGCUGUUAUGAAGAUGGAGGUCCCUGGUUCAGUCACUGAGUAUAAAGUCUCAGCAGUGGACUCCGCCAGCAUCCUUUUAAUGGUGCAGGGUACAGUGACAGCCAGCACUCCCACAGCCCAGGCAGUAAUCCCCCUGCAGCGUGGUGGGGUGCUCUUCAUUGGGGCCAAUGAGAGUGUCUCACUGAAGCUCACUGUGCCCGAGGACCUGCUGAUAUUUCGUGCUUGCUGCCUGUUGUAGAGGCCAUAGCCAUCCUGGCUCUCCUGCCCAGUCAUCCCAAAUCCUGGCCACUUUUAACUCCUCAGGCCCAGCCCUGAGUACUUCCUCGGAGAGCUGGUAUAGAGCAGUGAGCUCCUGAGCAAGCCUAGGCUGAACCAUCUUCCUGGGAGGAGAGGCCCAUGUGAGGAGUAAGGGCCAAUACUCCAUUUGUAUUCUCACCACACCUGACACAAAUUCAAUGCAGGAUAGAGCAGCUAUUUUACCUACAGGAUUAGACAAGUUGGUGAAAUCUAUAGUUAGCUCAAUAUCCGUUACAGCAAAAGGGUAGUAACUAAUUUCUAAGAACAGGGUUCUGGCCCUGGGAGUGCCCCUUUCUUCAGUGGCAGAGGAGUGAAAGGUUAGGCCUGUGGGCCAGUAUUGUUCCUCGUCACCCUCUUGCUUUGUCAAAGCAAUUAAAAGAUCACUUGUGUUGAGGCACUGAAUCUUUGGUAUUUCUGUCUCUGAGGUGGGUAGGCUGGGCUCUACAGCACUUUUAUAGGAAGGUGUGGCCAGCUUCAGCCUCAGAUGCAGAGCUUAUAGGCAGGCCUUGGGCCCUUCAGCCUUGCAGACAGUGGAAAGUGGGUAUAAAAGAGCAAGAUUCUUAAGGAUUUGCGCUGGCCUUUGGGCUGAGAUGAGCUUGCCAAAAGCAGCAGGCUGUUUGGCCACACCUACUCAUGUACAUACUCCCUUGCUGCUCUCAGGUUACAAAGUUGAGUAGAUACAUCAAACCGUAUAGCCUGCAAAGUACUGACUGGCCCCUCACAGACAGUUUGUUAGCCACUUCUCCGGAGCACAGUCAUUAUAGAUCCAGGGACAAGAUAAUACAAUUCGUCUUGUAAAAGAGCAACCUAGGUACUUUUUCUAAACUGGCAGGAAGUACCUAGGAGGGCACAUAACUUUCCCUGUGCCUACCAUCUCAGGGGGACACACUUCUGCAGGAGGCUGCACGGCUGUUUUGCCACUGAAGAUUCUGACCAACAGUCUUAGAGCUUAUCACCCCGGGCUAAGCAGAAACCCAGGCUAUUGGCUCCUUCCUGUGGAUAAGGGUUUGGACUCUCACAAAAGGAUCUUUCUGGGCUAUUGCCCACACUAGACUCCCUGUUCAAGCGAAUUCUAGGAAACUACUUUCAAAAAAAGUUCUGGUCAAUCUGUUCUGGGUUUUCUUGGCCCCCAAAUGUCCUUGGCUUAAGAAAAAAAUAAAAAA